AUGAAAACAUUCGAACCCAUAAAUUAUGAUAUUAAUGUUGAUUUUCUAUGGGCAAUAUUUGACGUUCCCGAAAAGCUUUUCGUUCUUCGAGAUUUCGAUCAACUACGUUUGUUGAAGAUCGAACUUCCACCAAGUCCACAAGAAUCUUCAACUUCAUCAUCAUCAUGCAAAAGAUUUUCAACUCCAAUCAACACAGCAUCGUCGACAAAAAUUUCUCGGCAAAUACUAGAAUCACCUAGUACUGGUGGUCUGUUCAACAGCGAUCUGGACGAAGAUUCUGAAGAUGAAAUAGAAGAUCAAUUAUUAAAUCCAUGGUUGCCACCUGGCAGAAAAGCUUAG